AAAAGCACCACUUCGCCGAACACAAAGCUGUGGUGUCGUAAAAGCUGUUGUCUAAAAAUAUACUCCAUUUUUUACGGAUUUGCGUGUUAUAUUUAUGCUUCCCAUGCAGUUUUCCCGUUUGGUUCGUCGGCCAUACUCAAAGCCUAGGGCCCCGUUCCUGGUCGGUCGUGCGUUGUCUGUCUGGUUCCAGCUAAUUUCGUAACAAACAACGUCGCACGUCGGCUUUCGAGGCGGAUGUUGGCGCGAUAUUUUUAAAUCAUCACCCCCCGGUGCUGGUGCUGUGCAGUAAUUAGAACACCGGUUGAGUGCAACGUUGAAAAGAAUCUUUGUUGUGGUCGUGCUCUGAUUUAGCUCCACUAGCAAACCACCCGUUGUUGCGUACGGUCGGACAGUGUGAAGGGAUAACCCGUUCAAUAUCAGUAUGAAAAAAUCUUUUCAUCGUCGAGGCGAUCUGAUCCUACAGGAAAAACCGUUUGCCUGCGUUUUGCAACCACAAUACCGCCAGCAAAGAUGUGAUCGAUGCUUUAAGCAGGGAAAAGUGUUGAAAUGUUCCAACUGCCUGUACGUGCGCUACUGCAAUCGAUCCUGCCAGACGGAGGCUUGGCCGGAUCACAAGGAUGAGUGCGUCAAACUGAAGGCGCUACCGGCUGGUCUGGUCGUUCCGGCAGCGGCUCUCAUGAUGGCACGUAUUAUAAGACGUUUGCAGAAAGGUGGUGACUUUCAGAAGGGUUACUACACGCCGAAAUACUAUCGACGGUUUAAUGAUCUGAUGCCACAUGAGGAAAACAUCCGGAAGGACGCCAAGCGGAUGGAACACUUUGAGUCGCUGAGCGUUGUCCUGUUGCGUUUGCUCGACGAACCGGCCAUUCUGGCGGGUGGCGAAUUGCUGAGAAUUUACGGCAAGAUGUGUAUCAACAGCUUCAACAUCGUGGACAGCGAAACGAUCACCAUCGGGACGGCCAUGUACCUGGGCGCAUCGAUCCUCGAUCAUAGCUGUCGGCCGAACGCCGUACCAACGUUCGUCGGCGAUACGCUGCAGAUACGACUGCUGGAGGACUACAACGGGUCGGAGGUAGACUUUGGUAAAAUUUUCAUCUCCUACAUCGACCUUCUCAAUCCGGCCGAUGCGAGACAGAGCGAGCUGGCCGAUCGGUACUAUUUCCGGUGCGAAUGCGAGCGCUGCCGGGAUGAGGCUGAGAGGAAGCUUAUGAAUGCAGCCGCAUGCCCGAAUGCGGACUGUGACGAACCGCUCGAUCUGGAUGAUGGGCAGCUGGCCGCGUGUCCCGCUUGCAAGGCGGAAAUAAAGGAUUCCCGGAGGGAGCAGUUUGUCGAAAUCAGCAGUUUCACGAAGGAACAGUUGGCCAAAAUGAAAGAUGUUGCAUAUCUCGACGUUUGCCAACUUUGUCUCAAGCGACAAAAAGGAAUCCUACACCAGUACAACGUGUACUACCUGAAAACGCUCGAUCAUGCGUUCGAGUGUGCGAUCGAUAUGGAAAAGUGGACCGAAGCGAUCGGGUACGGUUUACGGCUGGUGGACGGCUUCCGGAAGUUCCACGGCCCGUACCACCCACUCUUCGGGUUGCUGCUGCUGAAGAUAGGCAAGAUGCAGCUGUACCUGUGUCAGUUCGCGGAAGCGAUGAAAAGUUUGCACGCAGCUGAAAAGAUCGUACGGGUAACACAUGGCGAUCAGCACGAUCUGUACCGGCAGCAGCUGGUGCCGUUGUUGUGUGACGCUGCGCGAGAGUUUGAACUGUCGGAAGAGGCCAGAAAGGGUUCGGAGAGUGGUGUGGAAAUCAGGGAGAUAUUGCAGUAAUGAGUUUUGUUGUUGGAUGGGGAUUAUGUUUCCCCCAUUGGAAUAGUUGGAUAAAUAAAUUAAGAGGAAAAGUUCUUGGUUAACAUUACCAAUCA